UCACAGUCGAACAAAGAUGUACACAUUUUGACACAAUUUGCAUUGUACAAGUAAAAGGUACCACCCGGUUUGUUUUUAUCAUUGAAACUAAUUCGCACGUAUGUGCAGUAUAUAAACAAUCUAUCGCAUAGCACGUAAUACUGCUAAUACAAAAUACAAUUGUUUUCGGCUGCACGUAUUCAACGUCGCACAAUACGCAAAGUACAAACUAUCUUUUUCCCCUCCAAGGCUACCGUAGCCUACGUCAGCCGUAGAAAGUCUAUCAACUAUUGAGUUAACAUGGCAUUUACUCUUUACUCCCUCAUUCAAGCAGCAAUUCUGUGCGUGAACGCAGUGGCCGUGCUACACGAAGAACGGUUUUUGAGUAGAAUUGGUUGGGGAGCGGACCAGGGCGUUGGAGGAUUUGGUGAUGAGCCAGGCAUCAAAGUUCAGAUGAUGAACCUGAUUCGCUCUGUGCGCACCGUCAUGAGAGUGCCUUUGGUCGCAGUGAAUUCUGUGUGUAUCGUCUUGUUGCUGCUGUUUGGAUGAAGAAAAUGAAUGGACAAAAACGGACCGAACCGGUUGCCUCCAUCUUCACAGUCGCUGUGGAGUAAUGAAUGUGCUUCGAGAAAAGUAUGUGUGUGUGUGUGUGUGUAUAUAUAUAUAUAUAUAUUGUCACAGGCGGUUUUCUACAGUGGUUAAACGGGAGUCUGCUAUUAUGUAGUGACUUUGACCCUUUAAAAUCUCCAGAAAGGUUUGGGACUUGAGCAAUAUAUAACGUGUGACUGUAAAUUAGAUGUAAAAGGCGUUCUAUUCUUCGUCCAAUGCUCAAUAAUAAAGAAUUGAUGCUAAACCAG